AUGUGUUGUUGGCAGGACCUCCGUGUCGGUAACAAAUACCGGAUUGGCCGUAAAAUAGGCAGCGGCAGCUUCGGUGACAUUUAUCUCGGCACCAAUAUCAUUUCCGGAGAAGAGAUCGCUAUCAAACUUGAGAGCGUAAAGGCCAAACACCCACAGCUUGAAUAUGAGGCCCGUGUCUACAAAUCUCUGGCCGGAGGCGUCGGGAUUCCCUUUGUUCGCUGGUAUGGCACCGAAUGUGACUACAAUGCAAUGGUCAUCGAUUUGCUCGGCCCCAGCUUGGAAGAUCUAUUCAACUUUUGCAACCGCAAAUUCUCCCUGAAGACCGUCCUUCUGUUGGCUGAUCAGCUUAUCUCCCGUAUCGAAUACAUCCAUGCAAAAUCUUUUAUUCACCGUGAUAUCAAACCGGACAACUUCUUGAUGGGCAUUGGGAAACGUGGCAAUCAAGUCAACGUGAUCGAUUUCGGUCUCGCUAAGAAAUAUCGUGACCCAAAGACCCACUUCCACAUUCCGUAUCGUGAAAACAAAAACCUGACUGGCACUGCGCGAUAUGCCAGUAUCAAUACUCACUUGGGAGUGGAACAGUCUCGUCGUGAUGAUAUGGAGUCCCUUGGCUAUGUCAUGCUGUAUUUCUGCCGUGGAUCUCUUCCAUGGCAAGGGCUGAAGGCCGCUACCAAAAAACAAAAAUAUGACCGCAUCAUGGAGAAAAAGAUGACCACCCCCACUGAGGUUCUCUGCCGCGGAUUCCCCAACGAAUUCUCUGUGUAUUUGAACUACACUCGGUCUCUACGUUUCGAUGACAAGCCGGAUUAUUCCUACCUCAGAAAAAUCUUCCGCGACCUGUUUGUCCGAGAAUCCUUCCAAUACGACUACGUAUUUGAUUGGACCGUUUACAAGUAUCAGAAGAAUGCACAAGCGAUUGCUCAGGCAACUGGUAACCAAGCUGCUGAUGAUGAGGAAAAGCACCGUCGUCAUCCUGCCAACCCUCAGAAUCCUCAGGUAAAGCCAUCGGCCCUUGCGGCUCCCCGUCGCAAGGUUGUGGAACGCAUCCCAAGUGGAACUGUCGAUACUCCCGACUCAAAUCGCGCCGUUGGGGGAACUGAAAGGAUGUGA